GGAGAGAGGAUAGAGGAUACCCUGUAUGCCCCGUGAACGAGGCGACAAAAUAAUAUCACGUGAUCUAAAAUGGGCAGUCCUCUGACGGUGCUGAAAAAAGCCAUUUUCUGGCGCUGCUGCAAAUUGUGUCCGAGUCCGUCUAAUCUGUCCGGAUCCUCGCUGUGAGGAGAGGAAUCGUUGAUGUCUGAUCAGAUCUGUCCAGAUGGAUAAAAUGCAGCCCAACCGGAUUAAAAUCACAGAUCUGAAUCCACACCUCACAUGCCCGCUGUGUGCUGGCUACUUAAUUGAUGCUACAACCAUCGUAGAGUGCCUGCACUCCUUUUGUAAAACUUGCAUCGUUGCCUUCCUGGAGACAAAUAAGUUCUGCCCUCGAUGUGACGUUCAGGUUCACAAGACAUGUCCACAGCUCAGCAUCAGAGCAGACAAAACUCUACAAGAUAUCGUCUAUAAGCUUGUUCCGGGGUUAUUCAAAGAUGAGAUGAAACGGAGGCGGGACUUCUACGCAGAGAAUCGCGUGCUGGAACCGGGGGAAGUGGUGGAGACGUUUAACAUCGCGGAGGAUGAAAUCAUCAGUCUGUCCAUACAGUUCUACGAGAGGAACAAAAAUAAUGAGAGGCAGCAUUCAGAGAUGGAAGGAGACAAGUCCAACGGUAAACGCUUCCUGCAGUGCCCAGCAGCCAUGUCCGUCAUGCACUUAGCAAAGUUCCUCCGAAGCAAGAUGGAUAUUCCCAACAACUAUCGGGUGGAGGUGUUGUACGGAGAUGAGCCCUUGAAGGACUACUACACACUAAUGGAUAUCGCCUACUUCUAUGAGUGGAGACGAACUGGACCCAUCCCGCUGCAGUAUCUGGUCAAGCCCACCCGGAAGCGCAGGAGGCCGUCCCAGUCUGCCGCCCAGGGCCACUCUGACGGCGUCAACACCAGCCCGACAUCGGAGAGCGACUCCCAGAGCGACAAAGUCCACAGUCCUGCUGCAGCCCAGCCGCCUCGAGCCUCCUCGCAGUCCAGCCCCACGUCCCACAACCUCUCUCCCGCCAUCCAAAGCUCCAACGGCACCACCGCGCCCAAUAACACUCAGCGACACAGCCUCGCCUCCAAACAGGGUGCCAACGCUCGGAAGGUGACUGUCAACGGCACGAGCUCUGGGCCGGCAAAGGAAGAGGCGAGGGGAGGCGACAAAAGCGGUUUGCCUCCGACGACCUAA